AUGGACGAUCAGAAUGACCCAGAAAACUCGGACAUCUUAUCCUUUAUGCCUCUGUAAGUUUGUUCUGAACGGACAUGAAUAAUUAAUAUAAUUUUAGUGGUUCUGGGCAAGAAGUGGGCCGUUCAUGCCAUUAUCUGAGCUUCAAAGGAAAAAGAAUCAUGGUAAGCGAGUUUCUAUAUUUUUCUUAAAUUUAGGAAGAAGGAUGUGUAAUAUAAACAGACGUUGAUUUGCAAUAUAAUGUCGCCGAUUUCAGCUGGACUGUGGAAUUCAUCCUGGAAUGCACGAUUUUGCGGCUCUUCCAUUUGUUGAUUUAAUUGAUGCAGAAUCCUUGGACUUAAUUCUGAUCACACAUUUCCAUCUUGACCAUUGUGGCGCUUUGCCUUGGUUUCUGAACAAAACAGGCUUCCGUGGUCGAUGUUUUAUGACGCAUGCAACAAAAGGGAUCUACAGAAUGAUCCUCGGUGACUACAUCAAGAUGUCCAAAUAUGGAACCAGUCAUGAUAAGGCCAUUUUUUCCGAACAAGAUCUCGAACGAAGUAUGGAAAAGAUCGAAGUGAUCGAUUUCCACGAACAAAAGGAAGUAAAUGGGAUUAGAUUCUGGCCUUAUGUUGCUGGCCAUGUCCUUGGAGCUGCAAUGUUUAUGAUUGAGAUUGCGGGGAUCAAGGUCUUAUACACUGGAGACUACAGUAUCCUCGAGGACCGACAUUUAUGUGCGGCCGAAGUUCCAGCCAUGACUCCGGAUAUUCUCGUCUGUGAAUCUACUUGUGGCACUCAAAUUCACGAAGGCAGAGAGGAGAGGGAAAGGAGGUUUAUCACCAUGAUUCAUGAGAUUGUUGCCAGAGGUGGAAGAUGUCUGAUUCCGGUCUUUGCCUUGGGAAGGGCGCAAGAAUUAAUGUUAAUUUUGGACGAAUAUUGGGAGUCACAUCCGGAAUUACACGACAUUCCGGUGUACUGUAAGUGUUUCUACGAGUUUUCUCGGUUUUAUUAUGUUGUAGUACUUACUGUUUCAAUUUUUAUUUUGUUUUAUAAUUUAAUUUUUUUACAUGUGUUUUUAGAUGCGAGUUCCCUGGCGAAGAAAUGCAUGGCAGUAUAUCAGACUUUUGUGAGUGGAAUGAAUCAAAAUGUGAAGAAUCAGAUGGCCAUGGGAAAUCCGUUUGUUUUCAAGCACAUUCUUAACUUAAAAGUAAGCAGUAAUCUUAUUUGCAAGAUGUUUUCAAUUUAUUUUGACUAUGUUGAGAAUUAAUUUCGACUUCAGACAAUUGAUCAUUUCGAUGACGUUGGCCCUUGUGUUGUCUUGGCCAGUCCAGGAAUGCUUCAAAAUGGGUUAAGUCGAGAAUUGUUCGAAGCCUGGUGUACUGAUUCGAAGAAUGGGUGCAUUAUUGCUGGCUAUUGUGUGGAGGGAACCUUGGCCAAGCACAUUCUCUCGGAGCCCGAGGAGAUUGUUGCUUUGGCGGGCCAUAAACUCCCAAUGAGGCUUCAAGUCGGAUAUUUCAGUUUUUCGGCUCAUGCUGAUUACAGUCAGACAAGUAAAUUCAUCGACGAAUUGAGGCCUGCUCAUUUGGUAAGUUCAUUUCUGGGAUAAAAGUUAUGAGAACAAUAUGUUUUAUGUGAUUUUAGAUCCUUGUCCAUGGCGAAAUGAAUGAGAUGAAUCGAUUGAAAGCAGCCAUCACUCGAACCUACGAAGACGACCCAGAAUACAAAAUCGAAGUGCAUAAUCCUCGCAAUACCGAGACGGUUAAUUUGUAUUUCCGAGGACAGAAAACGGCCAAAGUUGUGGGACAGUUGGCGCAAGAACCGGCCUUGGAUAACAAUAUUAUCAGUGGAAUCCUGCUAAAAAGAAACUACAAUUUCCAUCUGUUGAUGCCAAGUGAUCUCAGCGUGUAUACAGAACUGUCGACAUCUACAGUGAGUGAGAGGAAGAGCUUAUAUUACGAUGGAAGACUGCCUCAGCUGAUGUAUAAUCUGGGACAGUUGACCGAAAAGUACACUAUACAUGCAAUGCCGAAGAUGGAUUCGAAGAAGGAAGAACCGGACUAUAUUAUCAAAAUGUUUGAUGUAAGUUGCGAACCAUAAUUGUUAGGGAAAUUGACAUUGUUUUAGGACAAGAUCGACAUAAAAUAUUAUGAAAAACAUCGAGUAAUUCUUCUGGAAUGGGUAUCAACCCCGGUUUCCGACAUGUAUUCAGACGCUAUUAUGUCGGCUAUUUUGCAUGCCCAGACAAAUCAAAUCCCAUUGAAACGUAAGGAAUUUGAUUACAUUAUAUUUGAUGGAAUCUUUUGCCAAUAGUUCAUUCCAGAUAUUCCCAAGCAAAUCAAGGAUCUCGUCAAGUCUGUGAAAGCCGAAAAAGACAUCAAAGAGCCGGUUGAACACAAGUUAAAUCAACCAUUGGCUUCUCAAAAUCGAAUCGAUGCCUUCAAAGCGACAAUCCGAGAGAUCUGUGGGGAUGUCGAGAUUGAACAGGAUAACGACGUCUUAAAAGUAGUCGUGGAUGGGAAGGAAGCAACAAUAGAUACGAAUACCAUGCACAUUACAUGCUCCGAUCUUCUGAUCCAACAUUUGUUGGGAUCUGUCUGCCAGAAGGUCUCUAUUACAUUGGCACAAAUAUAA